AUGCAGUCUGGGACCACUUGGCGCCCUCUUGUAAGACAGGAGCCAAUGGGUUCAUGAGAGAAUGAUACUUUUGAAGUUCACCGUAGAGCGACAGAGGGCGCUGACCAUUUUUUUUAGACGAUCGACAGUGCUGCGAGAUUUUUUUGAAAAUCGGCUGACAAUCAAGUCAUUCUGACAGACAAUAAUUUUCAAACUGAUUUUGAGAUUUUUAAUAUAUAUAAUGGGAGAACAGACAGAAGGAGAAGUGGAACGAAAAAAAUUUUUUUUGCUUCAAGACGCUUUUCCGUGCUUGGUCAAGAUUUUGGAAAUUUAUGAUUCGAAGGAGAGGAAGCAAAGUCCGGAUGAAUUUUGUUUAAUGAUUUUUACGAAGACGGUCGAAAGGAAUGUUGGGAAAUGUCAUUUUGACAAUGUUCCCAAGUUAAAGGAAAACUUUGAGAUUCCUCCAGUGACUUUGCAGCAACCGAUUCUCGAUUUAUUUUUCAAUAUUAUUAGACUCGAAGGGUUUUUGAAAAUUGUUGUCAACGAAUUUUACGAACUUAAAAACAGUUAUAGGAUUAAUGAUUUUUGGCUGAUUACUGCACUUCUGUACGUUCUCGUCUACAGAUCGUCCAAUGUGGAAGUCAAUGAUGCUGUUGAAUUUAUUAAUAUCAUUGAUCCAUCUAAAAUGAUCAAUUUACUCUCGUAUCUUACUAACCCUGAAACACAAAAUCUUAUUUUCGUCGCCGGCUGUACCAUUUUCGAUAUCGAAUUUGUUCGCGAAAAACUUUUCGAACCAUUUCGAAAAUCUAAAAAAUUUCUACAAGAUUUAAAAUGUGCACUGAGAAAAAAACGGCAGGAUGCAAAAGCAAAAAAGGAAUUAACCGUCCCGAUGGAAAUGAAUGUAUUGAAUCGUCCAAAAGCAAUGCCACGAGUGCCAUGCUGUACGCCAGAGAAUCCCACGAAAAGAGACGCAGCUCGGCCAGUACCAAAAUCCACGUACACGUCAACGACAAUAGAAGAAAAAUUAACGAAAUUGCGAAAGGAAAACAAAAUUCGUGCCACAAGUUUAUUACAAAAUGCGGAAUUAAAUGCGCCAAAUUGUUUACGUCGUGAGAAAAUCGAUAUUUCCAAAAUAGCAGAGAAAAUCGAAUCCGAGCGACGGAAAUCGAUGCCCCAAAAACCAGUAUCAAGAACCUCACCGAAUUUCAAACCAGUGGAAAUUAGACAAAAUGCAACAACGAUAUUGCGCGAGGGUGCUCGAAUAGCACAAACGGAAAUGAAGGAAGUUCAAAGGAUAAAAGAUCUCGUGCAAGGAGCUUUCGAUCCAGCGGAAGUUUCAAGAAUCGAAAGUGAAAUGCGCGCUCAGGCGGAAGAUGAAAGAAUGCGAAAAAUCAUAGAAAAUCGUUUAUCGGGUCUUUUGAGCCACGAAGAGGCGCUGAUAGCGAAGCAAAAUCUUCUGAAUGAAAUAAAGACACAAGCAUUUCGUGUGCGCCGCGAGAGAGAAUCGCUCAAUGCGAAAUUGGAAAUUUGGCGCGUGAGGGAGUUCAAGAAAAUACGUGAAACUGUGGAAAAAUCUCACGACAUAGAACAAGCGUCGCGAGAAGCACAAAUGUAUAUGAUCGAAGAAAAAAGGCAGAAAGCCGCGGAAGUUACGGAGGAGUCGAGAAAAUUGCGAGUGGAGCUUUGCAAACGAAAGGAAGAAGAUCUCAAUAGGAAGAUUCGAUUGAUCCAAGAGAUCAAGGCUCUUCAGUCGUUGCAAUCGAUUAAUCAAUUGAACAAAAUCAAGGAUUUCGAUCCGACGUGCACGAGCGGACUGGGUUUGCUUUGCGAAAUGUCAUUGGCGGAAUUGAAGGAGAGACUCUUCAUCACCAAAAUGAAGAUCCAGGAAGAUCUGGAGGAUCGUAAGAGAUCUAUAAGGGAGCAGCGACAGAAGCAAAAAGAUUUAAUAAGAUUCACACAGAGAACGAUCCAGGAAUACAAAACCAACAAAGACGUUAGCACACCCAUGAGAAAUGCAGCUUCUAGAAAAACAGUCAGGGACUUGCGAUCGGCAAAGAUCGAGGAAUUGCGAAGUAAAUUGGAAGAGAGAAGAAAUUACCGACUGAGCAGACGUUUCAUUCAUAAUCCUUUAUCUUCGCAAAAAUUUGUCAUUGUUCCUCCGUGAUUGGAGUUACGGGUUACCU